CGGUAUACGUCGUGUUAUCUCUGGCUGGGUGUGGCAUUGGUGCGACCCGCGCGCCGUUGCGUCUAGCUAGCGCAGACACUUGCUAGGAUGUUCGCAGACCAAGAUCACGCAUGGAUCCAGCCGUCCUCUGUGCGACUGCCUUACAGGGCUUCAGAUGGAGGACUUCAGCUGCCGGACGAAGCGCUUGUCGCCCGCUGUUGGGGUCAGGAGAAUCUUCGCUCGGGAAGGCUGCUGAGGCGCGGGCGCCCGCAUCGCGCUUGGAGUUAAGGCUCCAGCUGCCGGUAGAUAUUACGGUAGGGGUUCCUUCGGAUGCGAUUGAUCACUCGCUUUGCGGCACGCCGCUCGAACAUCAAGCAUCGACAACAACUUACUACGUCAUCCCUAGAGCAUACUCUGUUGGACAAUCGCAACCUUGCAGUAUGGAUCAGGAGAGGCGAAGAGAAUAGAUGAUGUUCGCGCGGCCAUUUUCACAAGCUUUACUGAGUCGAUCGUGUCAGCAAACCCGUCGAACACGCUGGAACUUGGCUUUACUCGAAAAACACAGGAUGGAUCGAUUCUCUAUUGUGUUUGCAUGUUUUGUUCGGGUUGCAAGAGGAAACGAGGGGGUGGCCAUGAGGGCCGACCAUGUGGAAGGUGCAAGGAACAUUAUGAAGGCAAUUGAAAGAACAAGACGACUGGUUCUGCAUCGGGCGGCAGUCUACUUUGGCC